AUGGCUCUUCGAUCUUCCAUCUCGUCAUCCUCAUCCACCAAGACCCAGAUUCAGACCCAGAUUCAGACCGCCAUCCUGAGUUCUGGCAUCAGCUCACGCCUGCUGCCCCAUUUUCUCCAUCACAUCGUUGCCGUGACCUCCACCUUUCACUCGUCGCCCUCGCUGCAGCAUCUGCCCUUUCGGCACCAUCGCCUUGUGCCUGACUGGUCGAUCGACUGUCGUCUCAUGCAGUUUUAUGACGAGCCCUCCCAAACAGUUGAUAUGCGUGUCUCAGGAUCCCAUCACAAAAGGUCACCGGUCGACGGCACCCUCAAACGAGCAGAGAAGCAGGUACUAUGUACGCCAUCUCGUCGAUGGGCUUGGUUUCCAUCUCAAGUUGGUGGACGCCCCACGCCUGUCCGUGGAUGUUGUUGUGCCCACGUGAAGCCCAUCCGCGCCGUAGCUCAACAGGGUGCCCCAUCAUCUCUCGUGAUUGGAGAGAGUCGGCAUUGGGCUGCUGCUUCAGGCUGCUCGAGGCCGGACAAUGACCUGGAGGAGGAGGAGGCCCAGCGGGGUACUGGCAUCAACACAAUACAAAGCUGUGUCUCUCGGGGUAGACCUAGCUCGCUAGAGAGUCGUCUGGAUGACGAGCGAGCGGUCUGGCCAGCAACGGCUUCAAGGCCCACCACUAAUUAUCACCAGCACCCGUUCAGUGGGUGGCCUUGGUGCCCACCAGUGAGCUUUGAUCCGCCGAGCAUGAUCGACCACUCCACAGCGGCACCGCUGGUGAUCACCUGCUGGUGCCACCGGUGCAGAACGGUGCCGUAUUCGUGA